AUGGCCCUUCCCACAGAGUCCUCGCCGCUCAUCCCGGCCGAGCCUGCCACCGCAAGACCCCUGCCCAGUGCCCACGACGCGGCCUCCCUUGCCCAAAAGGCCUCGUCGUCGUCGUCGGCCAGCCAAUCCGCCUCCCUCUCCGCCUCGCUCGACCUCGGCGACACCCUGCGCGACGUCAUCAUCGGCUUCUCCGACGGCCUCACCGUGCCCUUUGCCCUGACGGCCGGCCUGUCGUCGCUCGGCAACUCGCGCCUCGUCAUCAUGGGCGGCCUCGCAGAGCUCUUCCCCGGCAUGAUCAGCAUGGGGCUCGGCGCCUACCUCGCCGCCGUCACCGAGCGCGACCGCUACCGCUCCGCCCUGCGCCGCGAGCACGACCGCAGCGCCGAUGACGCCGAGGCCGGCUCCCCCGCCGCCGCCGACGACGUCUGCGCCAUCCUCCUCGACCGCUACGGCGUGUCCCCCCGCGUCGCCCGCCCCCUCGCCGACGAGCUCGCCGCCGACCCGCGCCGCUGCCUGCGCUUCCGGGCCGACUUCGCCCUCGGCAUGCAGGAGCCCCACGGCCACGCCGCCUGGCUCUCGGGCCUCACCAUGGGCCUGAGCUACCUGCUCGGCGGCCUCAUCCCCAUGGUGCCCUACUUCCUCAUGCCCCGCGUGCUCGACGCCCUCGUCGUCUCCGUCGCCGUCACCGUCGUCACCCUCCUCGCCUUUGGCUACGCAAAGAACUACCUGACCAUCCGCAACCACCGCGCCGGCCUCUGGGGCGCCCUCCAGACCCUCGUCAUCGGCGUCCUUGCCGCCGGCACCAGCUACGCCAUUGUCAAGGCCAUCGAUGCUGGGGCUUCGGGGCCAUGA